AUGGCGGACGGAAUUGACAGACGCGCUGAUGACCGCAUGGAGUUCAAUACCUCGAAGGAGGUCACUGUUGCUCCUACCUUCGAGGACAUGCACUUGAAGGAGAGCCUUCUCCGUGGUAUCUACGCUUAUGGCUACGAAUCUCCGUCUGCAGUCCAGUCCCGUGCCAUUGUCCAGAUCUGCAAAGGUCGCGAUACCAUUGCUCAGGCGCAAUCCGGUACUGGUAAGACCGCUACAUUCUCGAUUAGUAUCCUCCAGGUCAUCGAUACCGUCGUCCGCGAAUCUCAGGCCCUCGUCCUUUCCCCCACUCGUGAACUUGCCACCCAGAUUCAGUCCGUUAUUAUGGCCCUCGGUGAUUACAUGAACGUUCAGUGCCAUGCUUGUAUUGGAGGCACAAAUAUUGGAGAGGAUAUUAGGAAGCUUGACUACGGCCAGCAUGUCGUUUCGGGCACACCGGGCAGAGUCGCCGAUAUGAUUCGCAGACGUCAUCUGCGCACCCGUCACAUCAAGAUGCUGGUUCUUGAUGAAGCCGAUGAACUACUCAACCGUGGAUUCCGUGAACAGAUUUACGAUGUCUACCGCUACCUUCCUCCUGCCACGCAAGUCGUUGUCGUUUCCGCUACUCUCCCCUAUGAUGUGCUUGACAUGACCACCAAGUUCAUGACAGACCCCGUGCGUGUCCUGGUCAAGCGUGACGAGUUGACCCUCGAAGGCAUCAAGCAGUACUUCAUCGCGGUGGAGAAGGAAGAGUGGAAGUUCGAUACCCUUUGCGACCUUUACGAUACCUUGACUAUCACCCAGGCGGUCAUCUUCUGCAACACCCGUCGCAAGGUCGACUGGCUUACCGACAAGAUGCGCGAAGCCAACUUUACUGUGUCCAGUAUGCACGGUGAAAUGCCCCAGAAGGAGCGUGACAGCAUUAUGCAGGAUUUCCGCCAGGGUAAUUCCCGUGUGCUUAUCUCCACUGAUGUCUGGGCUCGUGGUAUCGAUGUGCAGCAGGUGUCCCUCGUCAUCAACUACGAUCUGCCCACUAACCGUGAAAACUACAUCCACCGUAUCGGUCGUAGUGGUCGUUUCGGUCGCAAGGGUGUUGCCAUCAACUUCGUCACCAGCGAUGACGUGCGCAUCCUCCGCGACAUUGAACUCUACUACUCCACUCAGAUUGAUGAGAUGCCCAUGAAUGGUAUGUUGACACCAUCUAUAUCACCAAGACCGGAUAUAACUAACCCAUUUUUCCAGUUGCCGAUCUUCUGUCAUAAGCAAUCUGUUUUAUACCUAGCGUAUCGACCAAUAUAUCCAAAAAGAGGUCGCCUACAUCAUCUGAUGGCAUCAGACUCGCGCAUCCUAACAGUCUCAUUACCUCGCUCCCUGCCUAUACAAAUGAACAAGGUGAACGAAAGGGCCAAAACACCAUAUUGGUGCACUAUGAAGGGGCGGAAAAUCGCGUGGAGGAAAUGGGAAAAUUAUCAAAUUGGUUAG